AAAAAAUUUCCUUAUCCAAAAGGCAAAGGAGGAGAGUGAGUGUGUGUGAGAGAGAGAGAGAGAGAGAGAGGGAAGGAGACACGAAGCUCUCUGAAAAAAAAACACACAAAAAUGGCGAUAACUCCUCUACGAAUCACGACCCCAUUCCCAUCACUACCCUUUCUCGCAACCGCAAAGCCACACGCUUCAAAGCUCUUCACGGUCCGCGCCACCGACGUCGAAUCAACGGAAGAGACUCCUCAACCCGACUCAGACACCGAAGACUUCGAGUCACGUCUCUCGAACAUCCGUCUCAGAUACCGAAGCGGAACGGGGAAGAAAGCAGAGGUUAGAAAGUCUAAGAAAGGCUCAGCAGGGCCACCGUCGAAAAGCUCGGGGCUUUACUUGCCGCCGGUGAGUUUAAAGGAGCCGGUUUCGGGCGGGUUGAAAGUGGAGUUGGGGUUUACUCCUUACACGGAGCGGCUCAACGGGAGGAUGGCGGGGUUGGGGCUCGCGGCUUUGCUUCUGGUGGAGCUGGCGACGGGGAAGAGCUUGUUGAGUUACCACACGCCUUCUGUGGUGUGGCUUCAGAUCUAUUUCAUGGCGGCUGUUUCGGCUAUGUUUGUUAAGAUUGAGAAGGAGAAGGUUAGUGUCUGGCCUAAGGAUUAAAAUGGUCUAUGUGAAAAAUGUUGCUUUGUGUGCUUUUGUAAUGUAUACUCUAUAGAAUUGAACAGUUUAAAGGAUCUCAAUCUGGAGUGAGUUUGUUGUUGUUCUAAGUAAAUUCAAAUGCAAGUUUUUUUUUAUUUUAAUUUUAUUGAUUA